AUGGCAGGAAGCCUUGCCACGAGGACGUGGAAGCUUUCUGCUGCUAUUGAAGAUGCACGCCAGAAGUUCCGCUCCGUGCUGGUUGAAGCAACGGUAAAACUGGAUGAACUGGUAAAGAAGAUUGGAAAAGCUGUAGAAGACUCUAAACCUUACUGGGAAGCUCGGAGGGUGGCCAGGCAGGCACAGCUGGAAGCUCAGAGGGCAACUCAGGAUUUUCAGAGGGCCACUGAAGUGCUGCGUGCUGCAAAAGAGACCAUUUCACUUGCUGAGCAGAGGCUACUGGAAGAUGACAAGCGUCAGUUUGACUCUGCCUGGCAAGAGAUGCUCAACCAUGCCACUCAGAGAGUCAUGGAGGCAGAACAGACCAAAACGAGAAGUGAGUUGGUUCACAAGGAGACUGCAGCCAAAUACAAUGCUGCCAUGGGAAGGAUGAAACAGCUGGAGAAGAAGUUGAAAAGAGCCAUCAAUAAAUCAAAACCCUAUUUUGAACUCAAGGCAAAGUACUACGUCCAGCUGGAGCAACUGAAGAAAACAGUGGAUGACCUGCAGGCAAAACUGGCCCUGGCAAAGGGAGAGUAUAAGACUGCCUUGAAAAACCUGGAGAUGAUCUCAGAUGAGAUUCAUGAGAGGAGACGGUCCACUGCCAUGGGGCCCCGAGGAUGUGGCGUGGGUGCCGAGGGGAGCAACGCCUCUGUGGAAGACCUGUCAGCAACGAAACCGGAGUCAGACACCAUCUCCAUGGCUUCAGAAGUGUUUGAGGAUGACAACGGCAGCAGCUUCGUAUCCGAAGAUUCGGAAACUCAGUCGGUGUCCAGCUUCAGCUCUGGUCCUACGAGCCCCUGUGAGGUGCCCGCUCAGUUCCCUCCUGCGGCGCGACCGGGGAGCCUGGACCUGCCCAGCCCGGUGUCCCUCUCCGAGUUCGGGGCGAUCUUCCCCGUGCUGGGCCCCCGCAGCGAGUGCAGCGGGGCCUCCUCCCCCGAGUGCGAAGCCGAGAGAGGGGAUAGGGCAGAAGGAGCUGAGAACAAGACAAGCGACAGAGUGAACAAGAAUAGAAGCAGCAACAGGAGCAGCUCUGCAGAAGGGCUGGCUUUGGAUAACCGGAUGAAGCAGCUCUCCCUUCAGUGCAUGAAAAUCAAAGAGGGAAUAUGCGCGGGCAGGAAAGCUGCCCAGAUUGGCUGAAUCCUCCUUGUGCCCUGUCCUGAUUGAUGGGAGUAUAAAUAUUUACACAUGAACUUCUAAAUGUUUUGAAGAACAUUGUGCCAAUAAUAUAUGCCAAAUCUUAAGCGUU